AUUAAACGACGCAGUGAAAAAUAAUGCAAAGGCUUGUUUUUACCUAGAGAGAUAUUUUCUUAAUUUCCUACACCUUUAUCUACUUUAGAGUUUUUCUGCAACAUCGUUCGUUUGCCAGAAAGUGCCAGUAACCGGAAAAACAUAAAAACCACACGCGCACGAACCUCGCACGAUGGGUAUACGCAAGUGCAUCGUGCCGGAGUGCCCGUCGUCGUCGGCCCGUCCGGAAGAUCGUGGCGUUACGUACCACAAGAUACCCUACCUAGAGGACAUGAAGCGCUUGUGGAUUGUUGCUUGCCAUCUGCCGGAUGAUUACUUCGCCACGAAAGGCUCGAACGUAUGCAGCCGUCACUUCCGGAAGGCAGACUUUCAGGAGUUUAAAGGUAAAAAGUAUGUGCUCAAGUUUGGUGUGGUUCCAACCAUAUUUGCCUGGACGAUCGCAAAACCAUCGGCGGAAGAUGCGGGAAAGAGCCCGCAGAAAACAUCCAAAGCGAAAGAGGAAGCGGUCAAGGGACAGAAAGGAGCGGAAAAGUUUAAGGAAGAAUUUACCCACGAAGUGGGUGAUAAUGAUGAAAACAUUGUGCUGAAAGAGGACGCAAAGGUUACAGCGCUGAUGAAGAAAGAAUCGUCCGAGAAGGAAUCGCCCAAAACACCUGCUAAAAGAAAGUCUAUACCUUCGUCGAAGCUCGCUAGUAGUAGCAGCAGUAAGAAAGCGUCCGCUACGCCGGCAAAACAAGCGCGGACCGAACAACCGCCGGUUGCAUCAUCCACUAAAAAGCAAACAUCGAAAAAAGGAGCCGCAGGGGAAUCCAAGCAAGCGGUCGCCAGCGAAACACAGCCUGCUACUGCUGCUGCUGCUGCAGAUGAACCCGAGCCGGGUGGAAGCUCAGAAAAGUCAAUCGAUUUCACGCCGGGAACAAAGAUCGAGGCACAAGAUUUCAGCGGUACGUGGCAUUCGGCCAAACUGGUCGAAGUCGACACCGAGGACAGGGAGGUGUUGGUACAGUUCGAUAAGACGGACAAGCUUAAGUCGACCACACUGGAAGAAUGGAUAUCGAUGGACAGCGUGCGGCUGCGUCCCAUCUCCAACUCAAACUACACCGUGGGCGAAAAGGUGUUUGCCCGGUGGAGCGAUUCGCGAAAGUUUAAGGCCACAAUUAAAAGCAUCGUUGAGAACAACAUGUACGAGGUGGUGUUUGACGAUGGGUUUGCGAAGAUCUGCAAAUCGUCGCACAUCAGUCGCAUUAAGCGGUCCGAGGAAGCGAAGGCGGACACGGUUGAGAAGGAUGCUGACGGUGGAGCGUCCGAUGUGAAUGCAACGAUCAAGACGGAACCGGCUGAGGAAGGGACCGACGGUGGUGUAAGUGGACUGCUUUCGCUUAAUCAGCUGCGUAUUCCGCAGGUUGCCAAGUUGAGCGAACUGCCGGAAAUUCCACAAACCGGGGAAUGGUGCUGCCACUGGAUGAACGACUAUCCGGUCGGGGAACCGUCCGAGGUGGAUCUACCGGGCGGCCGGGUGUACACCGUGAUCGUGCCCGAUUGGCGCAUGCCGGAAGGCUGGGUGAAGCACAUCUUUCAGCGCAUAACAACGUACGGCAAGAUGGACGUGCUGUUGAUCAGCCCGUCCGGGAAGGUGCUCCGUUCCAGGCAGGAGCUGAAGACGUAUCUGGCAGAAAUCGGCGAAACGUACGAUCCGAACAUGUACGACUUUGGGCUGCACGUGAAGCGCUCGAAGCAGCUCGGGUUCUGUCACUACACGCAGGAGUACAAGGACAGCUUCCUGCCCAAACCGGCCUCGGAACCGAUGCUGUUAAACACCGAGGUGAACAUCGGUUCGGUGAAGGUGAAAAUAAUCGACAACCUGUUCCAGUGUCCCGAGGAGGAUUGUUUGAAAACGUUCCGGAAGGAGAACCACCUGCAGAUACACAUCAAACACUACCAUAAGGAGCUGGCGAAGGGGUUGGGCGACAUUCCGAACAUGCAAGAUUUGGCCGCUCUGCGAACUCCGAUCGAGCUGCUUGAUUCACCGAAACCGGUCAGCCGCAAAUCGCACGCCGCUUCCACGCCGAAAGCAGCAGUACCGCCCGUCGUAGUGAAGCAGGAAAAGAUGGAAGAGGAUGAGCAGGUUCCACCGGAAGCUGUAACGGAAGCUACGCCGACGGUAGACAGCAAACCGAUUAAGGAAGAUGUUUUAAAAUCGCCCAAAAAUGUGGAAGCUGAUAAGCCAGCUGCAGAUAAGCCGGAUAUGAAGGAGACCGCCGAACUCGGGGAAGCACAGGGCGGUGGGCAAGAAACGUCCGCCGAAGGCAGCGCACCUUCGACAUCAACUCCAGCCGCAAGCGCCAAACCAAAGCCACCGAGUAAAGUGACAAAGAUCAAGCUUUUCAGCCAGAAAAAGGCGUCCGGUGAUAUGAAAAAGAUACGCCACGGUAUGGUGUCGAAGAAGAAAUCCUCCAAAUCGAAGAAAUCGAGACGAUCCCGACCUGCACGACGGUCGGCAGCCGUGAAUCGUACGGCACCGGCCAUCCGUACGAACGAUGCCAGUCUGCACGGGUCGUACCCGUACGGGAACUACAGUGGAACGUUCCACAAUGAGAUGAGCGGCGGAUUUUAUGACGAUUCGAUAAAUGCCAGCGUCGGUGGCACCACAGCCGGGGUGGUCGAUGAGAACGGGGAGGUCAUAAAGAUCGUACGCAUGCGAAAGGAGGAGAUCAUCAACUGCAUCUGCAAGGUAACGGAGGAGGACGGCUUGAUGGUGCAGUGCGAGAUGUGUCUCUGCUGGCAGCAUGCCUUCUGUCAGAACAUUCGCAGCAACAGCGAAGUGCCGGAAACGUACGUCUGCAGCAUCUGUCGCUAUCCGUACCGGGGCCGUACGUCGAAGCGGUACGCGCACGAUCAGGAUUGGCUGUACGAGGGAAAGCUGGCGGUGGCAAAGUAUCAUGCGGCCAACUCGAAGCACACGCAACGGUUCGACAUACUGAAGAACUCGCACACGCUGACGGGCAAUCUGCUCGAGCUGAAGCGCUUCAUGCACAGCCUGCAGAUGAAGAUCAACAUUGCGGAGAAGAAGGACCAUCCGAAGAUGUACCUGUGGUCGAAGAAGUGGGAGAAAAGUCCGCCGCGUGGCGACGGUAGCAGCAGUAUGGUGGCGGUAGGCGAGAAGCCGCCCGGGGAAGGUGUCGGUCAGCAACAGAUGCCCCAGAUUCCGGUGCCGGAAGCCCCGAUCGAUCCGGCCGAAUGUCAGGCGAUUCUGCUCGAUCACAUCCAGAAGCAGCAGAACGAUGCGAUGGGACGGUUGCAGGCGAUCGAGGCACAGAUCAUAGGACUGGAAGCUUACGAUGAGAAGGCGGACCUGCUGGAAUCUCCCACCGCGAAGAACUAUCCCAAGACGAAGCAAACCAUCCACAUGCUGCUGAACGAUUUGCUGAAAAUGAAGAAGAUUGCCGAAAUUCAUACGGAUUUGCACAGUCUGUCGAUGCAGUGAUGUUCUAUGUAAUCUACUUAAUUUUUAAGCAUACUUUACACUUGAAAUAUUGGUAGGUACGACAGGGUUUACCAGGAUAAAGCAGGGUCUUGUGGACGUUUGUUUUAUUAACCUAUUCUACCCUGUCGAUAUGGAUAUGGAACUAUGCGCUCAGAGGAAAACUGCCUGUUUCGGGCAGUUAAUAAUUUUAAGAACGGAAUUAAAAUUCAGUUUUAGAAUGAAACCAUCAAAUGUUAGCUUUAUCGCUUAAGGAACCAGUUAAAAAGUAAAGUGCGCAUAGGCGCUUUUAUAGACUAACAGCUCGAGCACGAUUGAAACCUGUUGUAGAGCCAAGUAAGAAGAGUUCUGUUGUUCGGAAAUCAUGAAAGCAAGGAAUUUUGUUUCCAAAGGAUCAAAAUGUAAUGUAACAACAUUAUUCGAGAAGCUAGGAUAAACUCUAUUGAAAAAAUGUGUUGCUGGUAGCAUAAUUUAAAUAAUCCGAAAAUUUAAGUUUUUUCCACUAAAAUAAUGGCCCUAGUUCCUUAAGUCCUCCUAUGUGAAUCAAAGUUUUACGCAAAAUACAAUCAACAAUAAGCAAAUUACCUAAUCAAA